UAUUCUUCUGUGCGCGGAGCCGGUGGCCUCCCGGGCUCCCGCAGGACCUUAUCUGACAUCGGAGGUUUUUCCUCUCGUCCCGAUCCACUGGUGAUUUACAGCGGGUGGUAUUCAGCCCGGCUUCCCGCUGCACUUUUCCUCUCAAAACUCUGUCUUUGAGGGUGUAACCGAAAUAAAAGGCGGUUCGCAAUUUUGUGCGCAACGAUGUUCCGUUAAAAAAUGUCACUUAGUCGUCCAGCAUCCUUAGAAUAUCUCGGUAGGGUUGGUUGGUUGGUGGUUUGUUUUUGUCUGAAAUUUGGAAGUCUAGCGAGGGAAAGAGCUGAAAAAGAGUGAGCCUUUUAAACUUCACGCAGCGUUUGUCAUGUGAAAUCUUCAUGUGUUGAGAAAUAAUUUUGAGUAACCAGAUGGGCUGAUUUGGCAUCUUUUUGUCUCAAAGACGUCUGCAGAUCUCCAUUGAGAACACCCCUGGAUGAGGUUCUCAGCUGCUGGAUGCUGGGGGGUGUCACAUAGGAGCCAUUUGCCCACAAAUUGGAACAGUCCAGCCCUUAUCCUGCUAGCGUGCAAACGGCUUGGAAACCUUGUUCUGUCCUCGAAGCUGUAUUGUCCAUCACCAUAUGGUAUAAGGAUUUCCUCCGAUGCAUUUUUUCAUCUCCCAUGUAUCUCUGAAACCAACAAGACUGGGGUUAUGAAGUCAAUUCUAGAUGGCCUCGCAGAUACAACCUUCCGAACAAUCACGACAGAUCUCCUUUACGUGGGCUCCAACGAUAUCCAGUACGAAGACAUGAAAGGCGACAUGGCAUCCAAGCUGGGGUACUACCCCCAGAAGUUCCCUCUUUCUUCCUUCAGGGGUGAUCCUUUCCAAGAAAAAAUGACUGGGGGAGAUGACUCCCUGCUGAGCAUUAUUCCCUCAGAGCAGGUCAACAUCACAGAGUUUUACAACAAGUCCCUGUCCACUUUUAAGGAUAAUGAGGAGAAUAUACAGUGUGGGGAGAACUUUAUGGAUAUGGAGUGUUUUAUGAUCCUGAACCCCAGCCAGCAGCUGGCCAUCGCUGUGCUGUCGCUCACCCUGGGCACAUUCACAGUCCUAGAGAACCUCCUCGUCCUGUGUGUCAUCCUCCACUCCCGAAGCCUCCGGUGUAGACCCUCCUACCAUUUCAUCGGCAGCCUGGCUGUGGCUGACCUCCUGGGCAGCGUGAUUUUUGUCUACAGUUUUGUGGAUUUCCAUGUUUUCCACCGAAAGGAUAGCCCCAACGUCUUCUUGUUCAAACUGGGUGGAGUUACAGCCUCCUUCACCGCCUCUGUAGGUAGCCUUUUCCUCACGGCAAUAGACCGGUACAUCUCUAUACACAGGCCACUAGCUUAUAAAAGGAUUGUUACCCGACCAAAGGCUGUCGUAGCAUUUUGUGUGAUGUGGACAAUCGCCAUCGUAAUAGCCGUUCUUCCUCUGCUCGGCUGGAACUGCAAAAAACUCAAUUCUGUUUGUUCGGACAUAUUCCCUCUCAUCGACGAGACGUACCUGAUGUUCUGGAUCGGGGUCACCAGCGUCCUCUUGUUGUUCAUUGUCUAUGCCUACAUGUACAUUCUGUGGAAGGCUCACAGCCACGCCGUUCGCAUGUUGCAGCGAGGCACGCAGAAAAGCAUAAUCAUUCAGUCGACGGAGGAUGGUAAGGUACAGAUCACUAGGCCUGAUCAAACUCGUAUGGACAUCAGGUUGGCCAAAACCUUGGUCCUUAUCCUAGUUGUUUUAAUCAUAUGCUGGGGCCCUCUCCUUGCCAUCAUGGUGUACGAUGUCUUUGGGAAAAUGAACAAGCUCAUCAAGACUAUCUUUGCCUUCUGUAGCAUGCUCUGUUUGCUGAAUUCAACAGUGAAUCCCAUCAUCUACGCUCUGAGGAGCAAGGACUUGCGACACGCCUUCCGCAGCAUGUUCCCCACCUGCGAAGGGACCGCGCAGCCCCUGGAUAACAGCAUGGAGUCUGACUGCCAGCACAAACACGCCAACAACGCGGGGAACGUGCACAGGGCUGCCGAGAGCUGCAUUAAGAGCACAGUUAAGAUUGCCAAAGUUACCAUGUCUGUCUCCACAGACACAACUGCUGAAGCGUUGUAAGUCAGAGACUUCUCAGCGUUGUGAGAAAAGAAGUUUAAGUUUAAAAAAAAUAAAAAUUUAGAAAAAUCAGCAACAAAGAAAACCAAACCCAUGGCUUAAUGUGUUUGUAAUAUUUUUUGGUUUGUCAUUGUAAGCUGAGCGAUGAUUGUGUUAAGAGCAUUACCGUCAGCCAGUUCUUCAGGUUUUACAAUUAGGGAUUCUAGCUAAAUUUUCACAAGUUUUUCGCAAAAGGUGUUUACUGAAUAAUAAUGUUUCCUGAAAGAGCACAGAGAAAAUACCAGAUUAGCAAUCAUUCCUUUGGGGGUGUGAAGAAGAAUUGUGAAACCUAAUCGAAAAAUAACGCAUCCUAAACCAAUACCAUCAAAAAAGAAAAAACGCCUUGUAAUCAUGCUGUUCAUUUCAAUGUGAAAUGUAUUUCAUGUCUAUAAGUAAUAGGAGUUUCUGAUUUUUUCCAAAAGCAGCAGUGCUGAGUUUAGAGGUUUUGUAAAACUUGUCGUGUCCUGUGAAUUGUGUGCUGUUUUAUUAUGUGUUAUUGAUAUUUGUCUGAUUAAACAAAGUGAUAAGGUAAAAUUCCGUGGAAAUAACGUGAAACGUGAUAUGUAAACCCCAUUGAAAACACUUACUGUAUUUGAAGAAUUCCUAUGAGAUAUUUUGGAAAUUUUACACUUUUAGUGGUCUUCUGUGGAUUUAGAGGAGAGGCUUUGUGUUCUUCUACUAAAAUUAUUUCCCCACUACCUUUUACUUUCACAUGCCUAUGAGACUAACAGCAACAGAGGAAUAGAGGAGGAAUGUGAGAAAAGAAUGCACUGGUUCAGACUUUUAAAUACCACUGCGUUUAUACAGAAGGAUGUUUAUGGUUGCACAGACUACUGCCCUGAUCUUGGGCGUUGUGUGAAUACGAACACUGAAAAACAAAGGUCCCGGAUAUUGGCUUCUUUAAUGGCCAUCUGGUUUUAAGCCAUGUGCUGGUAUUGGACCACUGAAGACAGCAUGUGUCAGACUCAAUGUGUGGUGUUAUCACUGUGCAGUCGAUGUAUGCUUGAAGUGUGUCACAUUCCUGUGUCCCAGGUCUAAGCAGAUUCAGAGCCUGAGAUGCCAAAUUCUUGGAGGAGGAAAUAUUGUCAGACUUAGACAUCUUCUUAUUUUGUGAGUGUGCAUAUAAAUAAAUAUCUCUGUGUGUGUACGUGUGUGUGUGUGUGUGUGUAAGUAUA